AUGACCAACAACGAGCCACACCUCUGCUUCCGCGCCUUUGUGGAAGCCCUCAAAGCCGACGAUGACCUUGUCGAGAUCAACACCCCGGUUGACCCCAAUCUCGAGGCUGCGGCCAUUACUCGACUGGUCUGUGAGACCGACGACAAGGCCCCGCUGUUCAACAAUGUUAUUGGCACUCAAAAGGGCCUCUUCCGCAUUCUGGGUGCCCCGGGAUCUCUACGAAAAUCCUCCAAGGACCGUUAUGGCCGUCUGGCUCGCCAUCUGGCCCUCCCUCCAACCGCCUCUAUGAAGGAAAUCCUCGACAAGAUGCUGUCUGCCAGUGAAAUGCCCCCCAUCCCGCCACAGAUUGUGUCCACCGGUCCUUGCAAGGAAAACGUCAUGGUAGAAAGCGAGAUCGAUUUGACCAAGCUGCCUGCCCCUCUGAUCCACCAGGCUGAUGGCGGCAAGUAUAUCCAGACCUACGGCAUGCACGUCGUCCAGUCUCCCGAUGGAUCAUGGACCAACUGGUCUAUUGCUCGUGCCAUGGUCUCUGAUGAGAAGCACCUCACCGGACUGGUCAUCGAGCCUCAGCACAUCUGGCAGAUCCACCAGAUGUGGAAGAAGGAAGGCAAGGACGUCCCCUGGGCCCUGGCCUUUGGCGUUCCCCCCGCUGCCAUCAUGGCGUCUAGCAUGCCCAUCCCCGACGGCGUUACUGAAGCCGGCUACGUCGGCGCCAUGACCGGUUCCGCCCUGGAACUCGUCAAGUGCGACACCAACAACCUCUACGUCCCCGCCAACUCCGAGAUCGUUCUCGAAGGUACCCUCUCCAUCACCGAAAAGGGUCCCGAGGGUCCCUUCGGCGAAAUGCACGGCUACGUCUUCCCUGGCGAUACCCACCUGUGGCCUAAGUACAAGGUCAACCGAAUCACAUACCGCAACGACCCCAUUCUCCCCAUGUCAUCAUGCGGUCGUCUAACCGACGAGACACACACGAUGAUCGGCUCUCUCGCCGCGGCCGAAAUCCGCAAAGUCUGCCAACUAAACGGUCUCCCCGUCACCGACGCUUUCGCUCCCUUCGAGUCCCAAGUAACCUGGGCUGCCCUUCGCAUUGAUACUGCCCGUCUCCGCGAGAUGAAGACUACCUCUGCUGAGUUCCGCAAGCGCGUUGGUGACGUCGUUUUCAACCACAAGGCCGGUUACACUAUUCACCGACUUGUCCUGGCUGGCGAUGACAUUGACGUGUAUAAUGGCAAGGAUGUCAUGUGGGCUUUCUCGACGCGGUGCCGGCCCAACCUUGAUGAGACCUUCUUUGAGGAUGUGCGCGGUUUCCCGCUCGUACCCUACAUGUCGCAUGGAAAUGGAUCGCCGACGAUGGGUGGCAAGGUCGUUUCGGAUGCUUUGAUGCCGACGGAGUAUACUACUGGGCGGGAUUGGGAAGCGGCUGAUUUUGAGAAUUCGUUCCCGGAAGAUCUUAAGAAGAAGGUUCUUGAUAACUGGACUAAGAUGGGUUUCCGGGAGGAGUAA